GGGGGAGGAGGCGGGAGGCGGGGCCCCAGAGCUGCUGCGCCUGCGUUGUGGGCGUUUUCGGGAGCAGCUGCCGUCGCCUCCGCUACCGCCGCGUUCGGGCAUAGAAUUUGGAAUCCCUGCGCCUCGUUAAACAAUGAAGCAGAGUUCCAACGUGCCGGCUUUCCUCAGCAAGCUGUGGACGCUUGUGGAGGAAACCCAUACGAACGAGUUCAUCACCUGGAGCCAGAAUGGUCAAAGUUUUCUGGUUUUGGAUGAACAGAGAUUUGCAAAAGAAAUUCUUCCUAAAUAUUUCAAACACAAUAACAUGGCAAGUUUUGUGAGGCAACUGAACAUGUAUGGUUUCCGUAAAGUAGUACAUAUUGACUCUGGAAUUGUAAAGCAGGAACGAGAUGGUCCUGUUGAGUUUCAGCACCCUUACUUCAAACAAGGCCAGGAUGACUUGUUGGAGAACAUUAAGAGGAAGGUUUCUUCUUCAAAACCAGAAGAAAAUAAAAUUCGUCAGGAAGAUUUAACAAAAAUUAUAAGUAGUGCUCAGAAGGUUCAAAUAAAACAAGAAACCAUUGAAUCCAGGCUUUCUGAACUAAAAAGUGAGAAUGAGUCCCUUUGGAAAGAGGUGUCAGAGUUACGAGCAAAGCAUGCACAGCAGCAACAAGUUAUUCGAAAGAUUGUCCAGUUUAUUGUUACAUUGGUUCAGAAUAAUCAGCUUGUGAGUUUGAAACGUAAAAGACCUUUACUUCUAAACAGUAAUGGAGCCCAAAAGAAGAAUUUGUUUCAGCACAUAGUCAAAGAACCAGCUGAUAAUCAUCAUCAUAAAGUUCCACACAGUAGAACUGAAGGUUUAAAGCCGAGAGACCGAAUUUCAGAUGACAUCAUUAUUUAUGAUGUUACUGAUGAUAAUGGAGAUGAAGAAAAUAUUUCAGUUAUUCCAGAUACAAAUGAGGAUGUUAUAUCAGAUCCUUCCAACCAGUACCCUGAUAUUGUCAUUGUUGAAGAUGACAAUGAAGAUGAGUAUGCUCCUGUCAUUCAAAGUGGAGAACAAAAUGAAGUAGUCAGAGAAUCUUUAAGCUCAAGCAGUGAUGGCAUCAAUCCUCUCAUGUCUAGUGCUGUUCAGCUAAAUGGCUCAUCUAGUUUGACCACAGAAGAUCCUGUGACCAUGAUGGAUUCUAUUUUAAAUGAUAACAUCAAUCUUUUGGGAAAGGUUGAACUGUUGGAUUAUCUGGACAGUAUUGAUUGCAGUUUAGAGGACUUCCAAGCCAUGCUGUCAGGAAGACAGUUUAGCAUAGACCCAGAUCUCCUGGUUGAUCUUUUCACUAAUUCUGUGCAGAUGAACCCCACAGAUUACAUCAAUAAUACAAAAUCUGACAAUAAAGUAUUAGAAGCUCCCAAGAACAAUGUGGUUCAGCCGGUUGUAGAAGAAGGAAGAAAAUCUAAACCCAAAGCAGACAAGCAGCUUAUCCAGUACACUGCGUUUCCACUUCUUGCAUUUCUGGAUGGGAACCCUACUCCUACUGUUGAACAAGGGAGUGUGACAGCAUCAGAAGUUGUGUCCUCUGUAGAUAAAUCCAUAGAGGCUGAUGAACUUCUGGGUAGCAACUUGGACCCAGAACCAACCCAGAGUAAGCUCGUUCGCUUGGAACCAUUGACUGAAGCUGAAGCUAGUGAAGCUACACUGUUUUAUUUGUGUGAACUUGCUCCUGCACCUCUGGAUAGCGAUAUGCCGCUUUUAGAUAGUUAAAUCCUCAAGAAGUGGACUCUGUAUGUAUAUAUUCAUCAAAAUGAUGAACUAUUUAUUUUAAAGUAUCAUAUGGUACUUUUUUUUUUGUAAAUUGUUUCGUUUAAUCAGAUACUGUGGACUUGAAAGCACCUUUUGCUUUUCUCUCUGACCACACACUCUUACAAAGCUUUCAGUGUUGCUCAGCUAUGUAGGUGCACAAGAUGUAAUGCACAGUGUUGGCAUAUCUUUAAUUUGAAGUCAAAUGGCCAUUUUCCUUACAGUGAAUUGGAUUUCUGUUUUACAGAUGAACCUAUAAAUCCCAGUUAAAACUUGGUUUAUUUUACUUGUUUGAUACUGUCUGUCUGCAUCAGGUAUUAAGUCACUAAAACUAACAGUAGGCCACCUCAAGCUUUCUCUGCUCCCGUUACUUUUCUCACUUAUUUUCCACUCGGCUUACUUUUAAACCUGGGAACAUAAAGUGCCUGUAUCUUGUAAAACUUCAUUUGUCUCUCUUGGUUUAGAGAAGUUCGUUCAUGUCCAACAGAAAAGGCAAAGAAUACAUGAGUGCUUGCUCUUGCUGUAUGACACGGUUCCAGCUCCGCCUCCUUGGACUAGUUUUAAGUACAAGUUUGCUGGUUUGUUUGUUUGUUCGUUUGUUUGAACCAUACUAUUUAGUAAAAUAAAUAUAAUGAAUGUUGCGUACUAGUGUCUGUUACGUGCCUUCUUUGGAGGUGACACCAUAUGUGACAAUUUUUCCUUAUCAUAGGGAGUAGGUAUUUGAAUUGUAAACUGUGUUUGUUGUCUCUUAUUCUUAAUGUGAGUCACAUCAAGAUCUUUGUGCCUCCUCUCAAGAGAGAAACUAUGUAUUGCAACAAAGGAAGAUAAUGCCUCUGAACUUAAUGUGUUUUCAAGUUCUUUGUUCAGAAAUUAUACCAACUUGCUAUGUUUUUAAUAAAGAACUGUAUGCCUUU